ACGCCUUUUGGCUGAGAGGUGAGGCUACAGUUCUUCAUGAGCAGAGGACAAUGGUAUUCAAGCAUCGCAGACUAUGACAAGGUCGGCAUCUCAGACUAUGACAAGGUCGGAAGGCUUAAGGCGUUGGCGGAUGGCGUAGGUGGUGGCAGCCAUGUGGCCGGGGAACCAAUUGAUGGCUCCACCGUCUUUGUUGAGUGCCAUCUCCCCCAACUCCACAUUUGCGAACAAACUCACUCUGUAAAUUCAUCAGAUCUACUUCUACAACUCAAAAGAAUAGGCAAAUUCAUCCGAUCUACUUCUGCAACUCAAAAGAAUAGGCAAAUUUAUCAGAUCUAUUUCUGCAACUCAAAAGAAUAGGCAAAUUCAUCAGAUCUACUUCUGCAACUCAAAAGAAUAGGCAAAUUCAUCAGAUCUACUUCUGCAACUCAAAAGAAUAGGCCAUGGGCUUUUCACUCAUCUUCUCUUCCCUCUAAUCAACCGGAUCAACAUAGAAAUAAAGCUUUUUAUUCGAUUCCCACAGACGGCGCCAAUGUAAUUGCACCAAACCAGAAGUUCUUCUUUAGUCCGCGCUUGCACUCCG